CACUUGGAAAUUGAACAAGCGUCACUUGAUAAGCCUAUCGAAUCGCCCAGUUUUUAAAGCCAGGAUAAUAUUGGACACCGCUUACUCCAGAAACAUGGGUGGAAGCUGGGCCAGGGAUUGGGAAAAUCUCUUCAGGCAUUAUGAUCCUGGACUUGUUGUGGUGAUGGUAAACUUAGCAGUGGGCGAACAGAUCCCAUCCCGAUUGUUGUCAAGUAUGAUGUCAUGGGUAUGGGUCGCAUGGAAAUGGAGCUUGAUUAUGCUGAAGAUGCUACUGAACGACGCCGUGUCCUAGAGGUAGAAAAAGAAGAUACCGAAGAACUGAGGCAGAAGUACAAGGAUUAUGUUGACAAAGAAAAGGCAAUAGCAAAAGCCUUGGAAGACCUCAGAGCCAACUUCUACUGUGAACUCUGUGAUAAGCAGUAUCAGAAACACCAGGAAUUUGACAACCAUAUCAACUCCUAUGAUCAUGCACACAAGCAGGAAGGCACACAGGAUUAUUAUGACUCUGAGAUAGUAGCUGAUGUAUUGAAAGCAAAUCCUUCUAAUUUGGGAGCCCAGAUCACAAGAAGAUUGAAAGAUCUCAAGCAGAGAGAGUUUGCUCGAAAUGUCUCCUCCAGAUCCCGCAAGGAUGAGAAGAAACAGGAAAAGGCCCUUCGGCGGCUCCACGAGUUGGCAGAACAGAGAAAACAAGCUGAGUGUGCACCUGGAAGUGGCCCCAUGUUCCGGCCCACCACGGUGGCUGUAGAUGAAGAAGGUGGAGAUGAUGAAAAGGAUGAAUCUGCUACAAACAGUGGCACAAGUGCCACUGCCACUAGUGGCCUGGGAUCUGAACCCCCCACAGAAAAAGGAGGUCCUUUCACUGCAGUGCACAUGACUCCCACUGCUGGACUGGCUCCAGCUCCUGGCUCAGCUUCCCAGGGCAUCAGCUUUGGCAUUAAGAAUAACCUGGGGACCCCCUUGCAAAAACUGGGGGUGUCCUUUUCCUUUGCCAAGAAGGCUCCUGUCAAACUGGAAUCCAUAGCAUCUGUCUUCAAGGACCACGCAGAGGAAGGGCCUUCUGAAGAUGGAGCAAAAGCUGAUGAGAAGGGUUCUGACCCAGGACUGCAGAAGGUGGGAGACACUGAGGGUAGUGGUAAUCUUGACGGUAAGAAAGAGGACGAAGACCCCCAAGACGGAGGGUCCCUUGCCUCAACAUUAUCUAAGUUAAAAAAAAUGAAGCGAGAAGAAGGAACAGGGGCGUUAGAGCCUGAAUAUUACCACUACAUCCCCCCAGCACACUGCAAAGUGAAACCCAAUUUCCCCUUCCUACUGUUUAUGCGAGCCAGUGAACAAACGGAAGGUGAGAACAGUGCACACCCAAAGACUGCCUCGGAGAGCAGAACAAGCCAUUCUCCCAAGCCUAAAGGCAGCGCCAAGGUGGCGGCAGGUCAAGGAGCCGAAAAGACAGUUAGUGACUUCAACGAGGCGCAGAGGGAAAACAGUGGGACUGAGUCCUCAGAGCCUGCAAGCAAAGCUGAGACCAAGAAGGCCUCCGGAGGGGUUGGGAACGAACAGAGCUUAGAGAGUCAGAAAGCUUUAGAGCUCCACGUGUGUGUGUCCACUGCUACAGAAACCUCUCAGGCCACCCCAGCAGGGAAAGAAAGCCAGGAUGGCCCCAAGCGUCCUACGGGCCCUUUCUUCCCAGUUUUGAGCAAAGAUGAAAGCACUGCCCUCCAGUGGCCAUCAGAACUAUUAAUUUUCACCAAGGCAGAACCCUCCAUUUCAUAUAGUUGCAACCCUUUAUAUUUUGACUUUAAACUUUCAAGGAACAAAGAUGCCAGAGCUAAAGGGACAGAAAAAACAAAGGAGAUAGGAGGCCCCUCAAAUGCCCAUCUACAAGACCUUGCUCCUGCAGAGCCAAAUAAAAGCAAGGAGGAAGAGAAGGCAGUGCAUCUCUCAGGAGGCAGAGGGGAUGCUCCUGCUUCGGGAUCUGCCGGCAGCAACCUGAACAAGCAGGAGCCUGGGGGCAGCCACGGGUCGGAGACGGAAGACACGAGGAGAAGCCUUCCUAGCAAGAAAACACGGUCUGGGAAGUCUCACCGUCACAAAAAGAAAAAGCACAAGAAAGCUAGCAAACACAAGCGGAAACACAAGGCCGACCCGGAAGAGAAAAGCUCUAAAGCAGAGCCCGGAGAGAAGUCAAAGAAGCGCAAGAAACGGAAGCGCAAGAAGAACAAGUCCUCAGCGCCCGCAGAUUCUGAGCGGGGGCCCAAACCAGAACCUCCUGGGAGUGGCAGCCCUGCGCCACCCAGAAGACGACGUCGAGCCCAAGAUGAUUCUCAGCGGCGAUCCCUCCCUGCUGAAGAGGCGGGUAGCAGCAAGAAGGACGAAGGUGGAGGCGGCGGCAGCUCCCAGGAGCAUGGGAGGAAACACAAAGGUGAGCCUCCAACUUCCUCUUGCCAGCGAAGAGCUGGCCCCAAACGCAGCAGCCGAGCCAGCCACAGGAGCCGAGCCAGUAGUGGGGACGAGGAUAGUGAUGACGCCUCAACACGCCGGCCACACCAGAAGUCCCCAUCCCAGUACAGUGAGGAGGAAGAGGAGGACUCGGGCAGUGAGCAUUCCCGCAGCCGCUCAAGGUCUGGCCGGCGCCAUUCCUCACACCGCUCCUCCCACCGUUCCUACUCCAGUAGCUCGGAUGCGUCUUCCGACCAGAGCUGCUACAGUAGACAGCGCAGUUACUCCGACGACAGCUACAGCGACUAUAGUGACCGGUCACGAAGGCACUCCAAGCGUUCCCACGAUUCUGAUGACUCGGACUAUGCCAGCUCCAAGCGCAGGUCCAAAAGGCACAAGUACUCAUCUUCGGAUGAUGACUACAGCCUCAGUUGCAGCCAAUCCCGCAGCCGGUCACGGAGUCAUUCCAGGGAGCGCUCAAGGUCCCGGGGCCGCAGCCACAGCAGCAGUUGUAGUCGCAGCCGGAGCAAGCGGCGGAGCCGCAGCACCACAGCUCACAGCUGGCAGCGGAGCCGGAGCUAUAGCCGGGACCGCAGCCGCAGUACUAGGAGCCCUUCCCAGAGGUCAGGCUCCAGGAAGGGCUCAUGGGGUCACGAGAGCCCUGAGGAGAGGCGGUCUGGUCACCGGGACUUCAUUCGCUCCAAGAUCUACCGCUCCCAGUCCCCUCACUAUUUCCGAUCUGGCCGAGAAGGUCCCGGGAAGAAAGAAGAUAGCCGAGGAGAUGAUGGUAAAGGGUCCGGCCCACCCUUGCAAAAUAGCACCUCUGGUUCGGCAAGGGGGUCAGACGGUGACUGCAGCCCAGAAGAUAAGAACUCUGUCACCGCCAAGCUGCUACUGGAGAAAAUCCAGUCAAGGAGAGUAGAAAGAAAGCCCAGUGUGAGUGAGGAGGUGCUGGCCACCCCCAGUAAAUCAGGGCUCAAGCUCAAGGACCCCCCACAAGGUUACUUUGGGCCCAAGCUCCCUCCUUCCCUCGGCAAUAAGCCUGCCCUUCCACUGAUAGGGAAGCUUCCAGCUACCCGGAAGCCCAACACCAAGAAAUGUGAAGAGUCUAGUGUAGAAAAGGGUGAAGAUCAUGAACAGUCAGAGGCGGAAGAUGGGCCCCCAGGGAGUAGCGAUGCCCCAUUUGGACAUCAGUUCCCCUCAGAGGAAGCAGCUGGCCCCUUAUCAGACCCUUCCCCAGAAGAGCCAAAGUCCGAAGACGCUCCUGCUGAUCACGCUGUGGCUCCAUUGGGCACUCCAGUGCACUCUGACUGCUACCCUGGGGACCCAGCUAUCUCUCAUAACUACCUCCCUGACCCCAGCGACGGGGACACCGUAGAGUCCCUGGAUAGUGGCAGUCAACCAGGCCCUGUGGACUCCAGCUUGCUGCCUAUGGCGCCAGACCUCGAGCACUUUCCCAGUUAUGCACCUCCCAGUGGGGAGCCUAGCAUUGAGUCAGCAGAGGGGGCUGAGGAUGCCUCCUUAGCCCCCCUGGAGAGCCAGCCCAUCACCUUCACUCCAGAGGAGAUGGAGAAGUACAGCAAGCUCCAGCAGGCCGCCCAGCAACACAUCCAGCAGCAGCUGCUGGCCAAGCAAGUAAAGGCCUUUCCAGCCGCGGCUACCCUGGCCCCAGCCACUCCAGCCCUGCAGCCCAUCCACAUUCAGCAGCCAGCUACAGCCUCGGCCACCUCCAUCACCACUGUCCAGCAUGCCAUCCUCCAACAUCAUGCUGCAGCAGCUGCCGCCGCCAUUGGCAUUCACCCUCACCCCCACCCUCAACCCCUUGCCCAAGUGCAUCACAUUCCCCAGCCUCACCUGACUCCUAUUUCCUUGUCCCACCUCACUCACUCCAUCAUCCCUGGCCACCCUGCCACCUUCCUUGCUAGCCAUCCCAUCCACAUCAUUCCUGCCUCGGCUAUCCACCCAGGGCCCUUUACCUUCCACCCCGUCCCUCAUGCUGCCCUCUAUCCUACCCUGCUUGCCCCACGGCCUGCUGCAGCAGCUGCCACUGCCCUCCACCUUCACCCACUACUUCACCCCAUCUUCUCAGGUCAGGACCUGCAGCACCCCCCUAGCCAUGGCACAUGAGCUGGGAAUGGGAGCCCAGGUAGGAGCAGGGAAGGUGACCCGUGAAUCUUCCUUUGGGGGUAUUGAGCCAUUAAUGCCAACAAGCAGAAGCUGGAGUGGGCAAUGUCUUUUAAAAGCCAAAGAGUUGACUUUUGGCUUAAAGGGGUGGUUUCGGAUUUGAAAUUUACUUUGGGUUUACUAUCAGGGAUUUUUUUUUCUUUCUUUUCCCCUCUUUCUUUCUCUCCUUGUUUCUAAGCUAGGGAACACCAGUAAGUGCUACCCACCCUGUGCAGCGACAUCUCUAAGCUCACGUUUAGAUACUCCCCUCCUCCCUCUAUAGCCUCUACUCUUCCCUUCUGUAAAGCUUAAACUAGUUUCCUCCUUUCUGGCAGUGGCCAGGGGCCAUGUGGGCCUGCCUUUGCAGUGCCAUGGGGAAGGCCAUGCCGCCCCUUGGGUGGUGAAAGUGCCACCACUUUGGAUCAAUAUCUUGGGCCAUCUCUUGGUGGCUUUCUCUUAGCCCAGGUGAAGUGGAAAAGAGGAGUCUGGCCUGGAAGCAGGGGCUUGGAUGCUGCUCUGGCUGUGGUUCACUCCACUUCCCGCACAGAGCCACGCGGGUGGCUCUCUUGUCCUGUCCCUCAUCUGAGAAGCGGCUCUGCGUCUCCCAGAAAAGAAGACCCUAUCAUGAAUAGAAGCUGUGUGGACCAUGGAGUCACCCGUGUGCUUCCCCAGAGAGGAGUUCAUGUGUCUGAAGAGUAUUUUUUUCCUUCUGUCAUGUUGAUGUUAUCUUAAUUUAUAGGAUUUUUUUAAUGUAAAAAAUUGCACUGAACUCUAUAAACGUAAAUGCUGCUUUUUGUAGCUCAUAUAAAAAGGUUCCAUAUUUGUAGUAUACUGCAAUAAUAUUUUUUACAUCCGGCUCUUUAAGUGAUCCUUGUUCUGGUGGCUUUAUGUAAAUAUGUUUGCCCUAGUUGAAUUAAGAAACUUUAAAGGUUAUUAAAUGAAAAAAAAUAAAGCAUUCGUUUUCUGCUAGAUGCAAAAAUGACUAAGCAUGUAUAUUUUAUCAAUCUCAUGUAUUUUUUGAAGUUAUGAACUAUAAAAAUAUUAAAACAAACAAAAAAAGGAACAUUGUUUAACAUUUUUGCUGGGACAACCGUUACAUGAUAGCGGAGCUCCCAGCACUGGGAUUUUUGUGCUAACGGGCAGCAGUCAGCUUGGGGUGUCAGGGAUGCUCUCAUGCUUUGUUUUGUUCAGAGGAGCAUGUGGGUCCCACCAAGGAGGAAGGGCAGAUCCACGUCCGUGCUUCUUCUUAAGCAAUGAGAGCGACUCCUCGGGAUUGCUCACCGUGAGGGGAGUCUCCGAGGUGACCUGGACCCCCCCUCAUUCCAGGCAGGCCAUUUGCCUUCCUAGUACUUUGUCCCCUCUGACAGUUUUUUUAAUGUGCCUUUUGGGUUGGCUAAAAAUUGAAGUGUACUAGUCGGAGGAUAAUAGAGUUGGGUCUGUUUUCUUCCUCUUGUUUGGAAUGUGAGCACAUUUGUAGACACUUUGGACUCUUUUGCUUCAUCUUUUCCAUGCCUUCUGCCCAGCCUAGACAGUCAUGGUUCCUCUUUCUCCCAUGACAUUGACCAGAAGAAUUGCCACUUUGGUUGUGCUCCCUGCCCUCUUGCCUUUCACUCAGCUUUCAGUGCUAAUUAACACACUGACCCAAAGGUGCUUGCAUUGCAGGGCCCACUCCUUUGGUGGCGGUAGUUCCCUCGUGGGCGUUUCUGCCCAUUUCCUGUGGCUCAGCACUGAUUGGGUGGCCAUCGGAGACGAAAAGCAAGCCCUGCCUACCUGGGUCAAGGCUCUGCUCCUUGCUUGCUUCUCAGAUCCCCGAAAUGCUGUUUCUGAGAAGCAAGUGCUAGGUAGGUGAAGGAGAUUCUUGACUGCCCCUACCUCCUCUGAUUCAGAAGGAUGAUUUUUCUGGAUGACUAACAUUGGAAAAAUUGAAAUCAUCUGUUUUAAGUGAAGGGAUUCAUUUUUCUUUGUUUUCAGCCCAUGUAAAUAUUUAAAUAAUACAGUGUUAACAUUUCCACGCUGCUUCCCUUAGCUUGUAGAUUGAGCCAUACUCUGGCCACCUCUCUGCCUUCCUGGGGCAGUUUUUCUUUAACUUCUAGAAUAGUGAUUUUAAAACUUAAAAAAGAACCUUACUUACAAGCAUAACAGACUGUAUUUAACUAUCACAUAUGAUAGAGAGAUAUAUGCUGUAAAAUGAGGGAAAGAACUUUCUAAUAAACCAAUGAUUUGUGGAAACAAA